AUGCGGUUGGUGAGCCGAGACCAUGUGCUCUCCACCCUGCCAGCCUGUCACGCCACUUGGAGCCACGCUCAGAGCCAGCAUGUCGGCACAAGGCGUCCCCCCGCCAAGCCACUGAAGCUGGUGGUGACCAAAUGGAUCAUGUACAAGGAGGAGUGCAGCCGCAAUUUUAGCAGAGAGCCUCUGCCCAGUGGAGUGGUGUGCAACAGAACCUUUGACAUGUACGUCUGCUGGCCUGACGGACAGCCCAACACCACUGUGCGCGUGCCUUGUCCCUUCUUCCUGCCCUGGUACAGCACAGUCCAGCAUGGCUCCGUGUACAAAGAAUGUGAUGCUGAAGGUCAGUGGGUGACUCGGAGGAAUACGAGCGAGUGCGACGAGAUUGAACAUAACGACUAUGGGAAGAUCCUCAGAAAGUUUCGGACCAUGUACACAGUGGGGUAUUCUUUAUCCCUGGCAGCUCUGGUACUUGCACUGGGUAUCUUGAUAUCUUUCAGGAAGUUACAUUGCAUGAGGAACAACAUCCACAUGAACCUGUUUGCCUCUUUCAUCCUGCGAGGUCUGUCCAUCCUCAUCAAAGACGCCCUGCUCGAGCCCUCUCCUCUCAACAUCGGCCAGGACUUCUCCCCUGAUUCGGAGGUGGAGAGGCUCGUCAACAACGAGACGGUGGUUGGCUGUCGCAUCGCUGUGGUAAUGAUGCAGUACAGCAUCAUGGCCAACUGCUAUUGGCUGCUGGUGGAAGGAAUCUACCUCCACAACCUCCUUGUCAUCGCUGUCUUUACUGAAAGGAACUACUUCAACAUCUACCUGUGCAUUGGCUGGGGUGCCCCUCUGUUAUUCCUGGUGCCCUGGGUUAUAGUGAAAUACUUGUAUGAAAAUGAAGUAUGCUGGGAGCUGAACAGCAACAUGCAAUACUGGUGGAUCAUACGCUCUCCUAUCCUCCUGGCGGUUGUGAUAAACUUCUUCAUCUUUAUGCACAUCAUCAAAAUCCUCGUGUCGAAACUGAGAGCCCACCAGAUGAGAUACUCAGACUACAAAUUUCGGCUGGCCAAGUCCACUCUCACCCUGAUCCCCCUGCUCGGCAUCCACCUGGUGGUGUUUGUCUUCAUCACUGACGAGUCCACCAAGGACUCCAUCACCCUGCACCUCACCAAGCUCUUCAUAGACCUCUUCUUCACCUCCUUCCAGGGAUUGCUGGUGGCCAUCUUGUACUGCUUCGUCAACAAAGAGGUGCAGUCGGAGAUUCAGAAGAAAUGGAAACGCUGGAAGCUGGGGAGGAACAUUGAGGAGGAGUACCGCCACACCUACAGCCAGCCCUCCCACACCAAGAACUGCAGCAUGGUGACCAACGUGUCCCAACUGCCCCACCUCCCCGACAUCACCGCCACCUCCGGCCUGGCCUGCACCCCCGAGGAGAAGCACUCGCUGGUGGUGAGCUGCCACAACGGCAUGAGCCGCAGGAAGGCCAGCGGGCCGUUCCCUGCCGGCCCGCCGCCGCGCGAGGGCGUCAUCGGCCGCGGCACCCCGAUUGAGGACAUCUCGCCGCCGCCGCCAGACCGGGUCCGGCGUUACGAGACUCCCGUGGAGAGCGCCGAGAGCCACCUCUGAGCCGGGGGGACGAGCGGACGAGGCAGACGUCAUCCCUUUGGAAACACAGCGCCCCGCCGUUCCCCUUCUCCUCGUUCUUCCCUCGCUCGCCCCCCCACCCCCGGCCCUCCGCGGCGAGGAGCCGGCGGUCUGAGCCGGGGGAAGGGAGAGUGUGUGUCUGUGGGAAUAGUCUUGGUCCUGGGACCAGUGUGAGUGGGAGACGGUGGCACAGAGCCCUCUCUGCUGUCAGAGAGGACGACCAUGCUGAGGACAAACAUCGCUGCUUCCGUGCUGGACACCUGUCGGGCUUUGAUGUCGGAUAAGUCUGACAUGGAAAAGGACAAAAGGACAGCAUGGCCGACCGCUGCGUGCAGAGCAUAUGCUGGACUGAAACAAAACAAAACAAAACAGAGAAAAACAUGCCAUGUAAAAUAAUAAGACAAACCUCAAAUAAAGUAAAUAAUAUAUACAAAAACAGGGUUGUAGCUUUAGCUUCUGCUGUAUAUCAUGUGUUAACUUGGUGUUUUGUGGUACUGGAGGCUAGAAGACAAACUGGACAUUGAGGAAAUGGAACCUACCAUACACAAGCAAGCAGACCAAAUGACUUCCAUCACAGAGACAGUGAAUGCUUUGAGAGCCAAUAUGUCACGACAGACCCCUUUGCCUGUUGAUGAAGUGGGCCAGACUGAAAGGCAACGUUUGGCUGACCCUGAUCUUGGAGGCACCACUGCCCCCCCCCCCCCCCCCCCACACACACACACACUCCUCCAGGAUCCAUGAGAACUUGGCAGCUGCUUG